AUGAGUUUUAGUUCAGCAAGUUCAGAAUUAGAGAAGAAAAAUGACCACAUGAAGGAUGAAUUCCAGCCGUACAGGAUGAGCAUCGAAGAAGUUGCUGCACAUUUUGAUACGGAGAUUGAAAAUGGGUUGACCUCUUCGAAAGCAAACACUAUAUACGACACUGUUGGAGGUAAUAACUUAGGAGAAGAUGAGAAGAUCUCGUACUCCAAGAUAUUAGCACAUCAAAUGUUCAAUGCGAUGAUUUUAGUUUUGAUUAUAUCGAUGGUUAUUGCAUUAGCAAUAAAGGAUUGGAUUUCCGGUGGGGUGAUUGGAUUUGUUGUUUUCAUUAAUAUCCUGGUAGGGUUUGUCCAAGAAUUGAAAGCCGAAAAAACAAUGGGAUCCUUAAGAUCCUUAAGUUCACCAACAGCAUUUGUAACAAGAAACGGAGAUGAUGUGACCGUUCCAGCCGAAGAGGUGGUUCCAGGAGAUAUUGUGCAUAUCAAAGUGGGGGACACUGUUCCUGCUGAUUUACGUUUAGUAGACACCAUGAACCUUGAAACAGAUGAAGCUUUGUUAACAGGUGAAUCGUUACCUAUAGGUAAGGAUCAUAAUGAGAUCUAUACUGAUAGAUCUGUUCCUAUCCCAGUCGGUGAUCGUCUUAAUAUUGCUUUCAGUUCAUCUGUGGUUUCCAAAGGUCGUGGUAAAGGUAUUGUGGUUGCUACAGGAUUAGACACGGAAAUUGGUACUAUUGCUCAGUCGUUGCGUGGUAAUGAUGGCUUGAUCAGAAAAGUUGAUAAAUCAAAUGAUCGUAAGCCAAAGAAAAGAGAGUAUACGCAUGCUUUCUUUGGUACUUUUAAGGAUAUAUGUCUUAAUAUCUUAGGUGUUAACGUGGGUACUCCAUUGCAAAGAAAAUUAUCACUUUUGGCUAUUUUCUUAUUUUGGGUUGCAGUUAUAUUCGCAAUUGUAGUAAUGGGAUCCCAGAAGAUGAUUGUAAACAAGGAAGUUGCUAUAUAUGCAAUUUGUGUUGCAUUAUCGAUGAUUCCUUCUGCAUUAAUUGUUGUGUUAACUAUUACAAUGGCAGUAGGUGCACAAGUAAUGGUACAGAAAAAUGUCAUUGUUAGAAAAUUGGACUCUUUAGAAGCUUUAGGUGGUAUCAAUGAUAUUUGUUCAGAUAAAACUGGUACAUUAACGCAAGGUAAAAUGAUUGCCAAGAGAGUAUGGAUCCCAAAUGUCGGUACUUAUUCAGUUGACAAUAUGAAUGAACCAUAUAAUCCAACAGUCGGAGAUAUGUCUUUCACCAAAUACAGUCCAAAGUAUGCUAAAGAAGCAGAUGAAGAAAUCAAUUUUUUGCCUAAUUUGCCCGAGCAAGCAAAAAAUUUUGAAAAUUGGUUAUAUACUGCAACGUUAGCUAAUAUUGCUACAAUCAAUCAAUCCAAAGAUGAAGAGUCAGGUGAAUUGGUCUGGAAGGCUCACGGUGAUGCUACCGAAAUUGCAAUCCAAGUCUUCACCACCAGAUUAGAUUACGCUAGAGUAUCAUUACAAGAUGGUUUUGAACAUAUAAGUGAAUACCCCUUUGAUUCCACGAUUAAAAGAAUGUCAGCGGUCUAUAAAUCUAAGUCAAAUGGAGAAACCAUGGUUUAUACAAAGGGAGCUGUUGAAAGGGUCUUGAGUAUUUGUACGCAUUGGUUAGGUCAUUCGGAUAAUUAUGAUGAAGACUACGAUGCUAAUUAUGACAAUUCUAAACCAAUUGAAUUGACAGAAGAUGAUAAAGCUAUGAUUGAAGAAAAUAUGAAUGCAUUAUCUGCACAGGGUUUGAGAGUCUUAGCAUUCGCUAGCAGAAAUGCGACUGAUUCGCAAGAUGAUUUGAGCGACAGAGAACAAGUCGAAAAAGGCUUAACUUUUCAAGGCUUGAUCGGUAUAUAUGAUCCACCAAGAAUUGAAACUGCAGAUUCUGUUAAAAAAUGUCAUAGAGCAGGUAUUAAUGUUCAUAUGUUAACUGGUGAUCACCCGGGUACUGCUAAAGCAAUCGCUCAAGAAGUAGGUAUUUUACCUCACAAUUUAUAUCAUUACAGUGAUGAUGUUGUUAAAUCAAUGUGUAUGACUGCUAAUGAAUUUGAUGGAUUAACUGAUGAAGAAAUUGAUAAUUUGCCAGUUUUACCAUUAGUUAUUGCUAGAUGUGCACCACAAACUAAGGUUAGAAUGAUUGACGCCUUACAUCGUCGUAAGAAGUUUGUUGCCAUGACAGGAGAUGGGGUUAAUGACUCCCCAUCUUUAAAGAAGGCUGAUGUUGGUAUUGCAAUGGGUCUUAAUGGUUCAGAUGUUGCAAAAGACGCAUCUGAUAUUGUUUUGACGGAUGAUAAUUUCGCCUCUAUUUUGAACGCAAUUGAAGAAGGUAGAAGAAUGUCUUCCAAUAUUCAAAAGUUCGUCUUACAAUUGUUAGCAGAAAAUGUUGCGCAAGCUUUAUAUUUAAUGAUUGGUCUAGUUUUUAUUGAUAACUCUGGAUUUUCUGUUUUCCCAUUAUCCCCUGUUGAAGUCUUGUGGAUUUUGGUGAUUACAUCAUGUUUCCCAGCUAUGGGAUUAGGUCAGGAAAAAGCCAGUGAUGAUAUUUUAGAAAAACCUCCAAACAGCACUAUUUUCACUUGGGAAGUUAUUAUAGAUAUGCUUGCAUAUGGUCUCUUUAUGGCUGUUUCUUGUAUUUGUUGUUUUGUGAUUAUUGUCUACGGUGUUGGUGAUGGUUAUUUAGGAAUUGAUUGUAACGCAUCAGAUACCCAUUGUGAUUUAGUUUUCAGAGGUAGAUCUGCUUCAUUCGCUACUAUGACGUGGUGUGCUUUAAUUUUGGCAUGGGAAUGUGUCCAUCAAGACAAUUCCUUAUUUUACAUGAGAAGAGAUACUGAUAAUCCAUGGUGGAAGCAAACUGCGAUCGAUUUAUGGGACAACCAAUUUUUGUUCUGGUCAAUUAUUGGUGGAUUUGUUAGCGUUUUCCCAGUUGUUUAUAUCCCUGUUAUAAACAAUGAUGUUUUCUUGCAUAAGGGUAUUGGAUAUGAAUGGGGUAUUUCUGUUGGUUUUAGUUUAUUAUUCUUACUCUCUUCUGAAACCUGGAAGUGGAUGAAGAGAAUUUACAAGCGUAAGCAAACCAAGAAAAUCCAAAACCCUGAAUAUGAUUUAGAAAGAAACGAUCCAUUUCAAAAGUACGCAUCUUUCUCGAGGUCUAAUACUUUUGAUAAGAAUACCGUUAUCGUCUAA